CCCCUCAAGGGGCAAGGCUUAUUCUAAUCUCAACAUCCAGAAAAGCGGGCUGGACCUUGGAAGUGUACGAAGGUGGAAGGAGAGAUUGCGGAACCAAUAUUGCUGUAGUUGUAGUUCUCGGUGGGAAGCCAAUUCUGCGGACCGGUAGUGGAAAGCUCUUGAGCUGUUUCCGGCCACCUCAGCUGGAAGCGGAGACGCAAGCAACCGGAUCUUCGGGAACUGAGCUAGAGGUGUAACUGCUGUUGCCGCGGAGAAAGUGAGGACGACACCUACGGCUGUCCGGGCCAGUGUUGGGUCCCAGUAGCCUGUGAAGAUGGUGUUGCUAACAAUGAUUGCCCGAGUGGCGGACGGACUGCCGCUGGCCGCCUCGAUGCAGGAAGACGAACAGUCUGGCCGAGACCUUCAACAGUACCAGAGUCAAGCUAAGCAACUCUUUCGGAAGUUGAAUGAACAGUCCCCUACCAGAUGUACCUUGGAAGCAGGAGCCAUGACUUUUCACUACAUCAUUGAGCAAGGGGUGUGUUACUUGGUUUUGUGUGAAGCAGCCUUCCCUAAGAAGUUGGCUUUUGCCUACCUAGAAGAUUUGCACUCAGAAUUUGAUGAACAGCAUGGGAAGAAGGUGCCCACUGUGUCUAGACCCUAUUCCUUUAUUGAGUUUGAUACCUUCAUUCAGAAAACCAAGAAGCUCUACAUUGAUAGUCGUGCUCGGAGAAACCUAGGCUCCAUCAACACUGAACUGCAAGAUGUGCAGAGGAUCAUGGUGGCCAAUAUUGAAGAAGUGUUACAACGGGGAGAAGCACUCUCAGCAUUGGAUUCAAAGGCUAACAAUUUAUCCAGUCUGUCCAAGAAAUACCGCCAGGACGCGAAGUACUUGAACAUGCGUUCCACUUAUGCGAAACUUGCAGCAGUAGCUGUAUUUUUCAUCAUGUUAAUAGUGUAUGUGCGAUUCUGGUGGCUGUGAAGUAGUGAAUACGGUCACUGGUAAGGGAGAACCCAGAACCUCGUAGGUGUAUGUUUUCAGGAAGCUGAGCUCACAGGGAUGUGUAUUAGAAUCCAAGUGGAACUUCUGCCUCUAAAGACCUUGCAAGAAAAGACCAUGUCCUGAAAAUGAAAGGUUUUGCCUCAUUGACUGAAGCUUAACCUAUGUAGAAAGUCUCUUUUGGGGGCAGAGGCUUUCUCUGGGUGCUAAGCCAUAUAUGUUAGGGAACAGUAGAUUGUUUUAUUUUGUUUUUUCCUUUCCCAGUACAUUUUUAAAACAUCACUGACUGGGACAUUCUCAUUUCUCUAAUGGAGCCAUCGGUGAGAUUUAGCUUAGCCAACCUGUGCUAGCAACAUUUUGAAAUUCCUUCAAAGAAGGCAGCCCUUUGGGAAGUUUUUUGUCUCUAAUCAACAUUCCUUUUGUUGGUGAUAGUUGUGAUUUUCAGUAAUCUGAGUUGUUGACGGCCUUUCAAACAAGACUGCAGUAUGUGAAGGUUAAUUGCUGUGCUGCACAGAUCUUGUCUAUUGGCCCCUGUAGGAAGUUAACCUUUGUUGUUUGCACAAUUGCUUUAGGGUUAAAUGAAUUAUAUUAAGAUGCCUUGAAAUUAUAACACUCCUUGAUUAAGAAGCUCAAAUGUUUUCUCUCAUUUACUCCUUAUACAAGACUUAAAUUAGUUUGGGACAUUAUUAAUUUUAUUUUACAGCAUCUGGUUUAUGUUAGUGUAAGAGUGAGUAUGGCACAUGGAUAGUCAGAGGCCCCUGGCUUAAUGAGAAGAAGGACCCAGCUCAUAACCAUGGCUUUGUCCUGCCCCUUCCUCACUUUCUCUACUGUGGUUUUCCCCACUCUUUGUUUUCCUCCUGUCAUAAUAUGCUAACGUUUUAAAAACUUCCCUGUGCUUAGUAAUUUUAUGUUCCAUAAACAUCCUCUCAGGAUAUUCUCAAAUUUCAAAAUGGAAAAUGUUCAGCUGUAUAGUUAAUUAAAUUUAAACUUUUUGCAGAUCAGCUACUCAAACUACUAAAUACAUUUAUCUGAGAAAGUCUCUGAGGGUACCUCAUUCCCGUUUCAGUUUAUGUAAAUUCCCUGAGAAUGAUCUAGAGCCAGGUAACUCAUUUACAGUGGUUUCUAUUAACUAAUAAAAGUACCUAUGAUUUUUUCCUUUUUUGCUAAUGGAUGAUGGGGAUUUCCUUUUACCUUCUGAGGUGGAAUUUUGUAAAUGGGGAGAAUAGGCCUUUUAAAUAUUAUCACAGGGUCUACAAUAUAACCUAUAACUCCUGCAUAUACUGCAAGUAUUUCUUUAAAUUGUACAGAAAAAUGAGCCAACUUCUUAUUUCUUAAUAUCUUUGGAAAGAACUUUAACCAGUAAGCAAUUUUAUAACCCUGAGGGAUCAUCAAAGCUACUGUCCUGAUUGCUGGUAGAGGAAAAAAAAAAUCUUCGUUAUAACAAAGCAAGGAGAAAUGUUUAUUUUAUUCCUGAUAAUUUACAAAACUAGAAUUUUUUUCUUUCUAUUAUGGACCUAAAUCUGCCAAUUGGAGUUAUGUGCAUGAAAUAUAUGAAGUUACUUUUUAUAGAAAAUAAGUGCUUUUAAGUCCCUAAAAGGCCCCUCCCUAAGUAAUGAUGUUGGCAAUAGCCUUUGAAAGGCUGAAAACCUAAGUAGUGGUACCAUAGCAUUUGGUGCUUCUAUACAAGUGGAGAGUAGCAGCUCAUUGUUGAGAGUUGCAUGCUGCAACCUGAUGGUCAGCAAUGAAAUAAAUACUUCUAGAAUGUUC